CAUAACUUGACCAAGACGAAACCUAUUCUGCAAAUCCACUCUACCCAGGGGAGCUCAUUACCGAAAUCUUUCUAGAAAUCGAAGAGCCUAUUUUGUCAUGGCGAUGGCGGCAGUCGAGAAUAAUUGGCCGGCGGAGGGUGCCGAUAACGCGACGAACCAUUACAAUCAACAGCAAGGCGGUGGCGGAGGUAGAGGCGGGGGUGGAGAAGGGCUGCGGCAGUACUACCUGCAACAUAUCCAUGAUCUUCAGCUCCAACUCCGGCAACGUACCCACAAUCUUCAGCGUCUUGAAGCCCAGCGCAACGAUCUUAAUUCCCGAGUGAGAAUGCUGAAGGAAGAGCUACAGCUUCUACAGGAGCCGGGGUCUUAUGUUGGUGAAGUUGUCAAAGUCAUGGGAAAAUCAAAGGUCUUAGUUAAGGUUCACCCUGAAGGGAAGUAUGUUGUUGACAUCGACAAGAAUAUUGACAUUACGAAGAUUACUCCAUCAACUCGAGUAGCAUUGCGAAACGAUAGCUAUGUGCUUCACUUGAUGCUGCCCAGCAAAGUUGAUCCUCUUGUCAACCUAAUGAAAGUUGAGAAAGUUCCAGACUCAACUUAUGACAUGAUUGGUGGUCUUGACCAACAAAUUAAAGAGAUAAAAGAGGUCAUUGAGUUGCCAAUCAAACAUCCUGAAUUGUUUGAAAGUCUUGGAAUAGCACAACCGAAGGGAGUCUUGCUGUAUGGGCCACCUGGAACAGGGAAAACCUUGCUUGCAAGGGCUGUGGCACAUCACACUGAUUGCACCUUCAUUAGAGUUUCAGGGUCUGAGUUAGUUCAGAAAUACAUUGGAGAAGGCUCUAGGAUGGUUAGAGAGCUUUUUGUCAUGGCAAGGGAACAUGCUCCCUCAAUCAUUUUCAUGGAUGAAAUCGAUAGCAUAGGAUCUGCUCGCAUGGAAUCUGGAACAGGAAAUGGGGAUAGUGAAGUUCAACGGACUAUGCUUGAGCUUCUCAACCAACUUGAUGGAUUUGAAGCCUCGAAUAAGAUAAAAGUUUUGAUGGCAACUAAUAGAAUUGACAUUUUGGACCAAGCACUCCUUAGGCCCGGUAGGAUUGACCGGAAAAUUGAGUUUCCAAAUCCUAAUGAAGAGUCUCGUUUUGACAUCGUGAAGAUACACUCAAGAAAGAUGAACUUGAUGCGUGGUAUAGAUCUAAAGAAAAUUGCAGAGAAAAUGAAUGGUGCCUCGGGUGCAGAACUUAAGGCUGUUUGCACUGAAGCAGGGAUGUUUGCUCUGCGGGAGAGGAGGGUUCAUGUCACUCAAGAGGACUUUGAGAUGGCAGUGUCUAAAGUGAUGAAGAAGGAAACAGAGAAAAAUAUGUCGCUAAGGAAGCUGUGGAAGUAGGCAUUCUGAGGCUGCUUAUUUUCGUUAGCAGUCAAUUGGGUAGAUGCAAGAGGAUGUCAUCAAUUGUAUGUUACAGUUAGCAUUGGUGUCAUAAAGAAUCGAAUUAAUUUCAGUGAGGAACUUCCCCACAUUUUUUUUUCCCUCGAGAGCCUACAUUUUCGUCACUUGAUAUGUAAUAACCUUACAAUGAUCUAGAAAUGGCUACUCUCUGUAUCC